AUGAAAAGUAAUCUCCUUUGUGUUGAUCAACUUCGAGAUUUUGGAAUAAUUGUGAAUUAUGUGCCCCUCCAACGUCUGAAACGUGAAGAUCGCAAUCAAUAUUCGCAUUCCAUUAUUGAUGAAAACUCGGCCUUACAUAUCCUGAUGGACUUCCUGAAGCCUAUCAGCUUCUUUGCUUGUCGCAAACCUGCGUUGUCUGAACUUGAUGAAUAUGUCUCGGUGGAAAUGACCAGUUCCGUCCCUUGGGAACCUUAUGACCUGGAAUCCUCUCGCAUCGAACAAAAUCUACGACGUGAAUAUCAAGGGGACCUAGCCACUCAACGAAUCUAUUCUGUUGACCGCUCUGAUCCCAACUACCGCUCUAUUUGCCCACUCGCUCUUCCUAUCGCUUUAGGGGACGUGCUGACAUUUGGGCCGAUAUCAAACAAGGCCCCUGUGUUUCUGCUGAAGGAAAUAAGUAUGUUGCUGUCUAUGCUGCUGCCUGUCAAUGGGCCCGUGGCUACGCUUUGA